ACACUACCAUAAAAAACCUAAAAAAACAAAGUAAAACCUAGGAAAGUAGUAGGACCGUAAAAUAAUCUACAGAAGGCGUUGCGACUCCGCUGUUGUUGUGUAACUCGUGUUCCACUUUUGAUAUUUUGAAACAGAAUGAGUGAGUCAAAGCAAGAACAAGACACUGUUAUAGCUUCAGUUCAUUCAACCGUCUUCAAAGAAUCAGAAAAUCUCCAUGGAAAGUGUCUCCAAAUCGAGGGUUACGAUUUCAACCGCGGCGUUGACUAUCAAAAUCUUCUCAAAUCCAUGCUCACUACUGGAUUUCAAGCUUCCAAUCUCGGCGAUGCAAUUCAAGUCGUUAAUCAAAUGUUAGAUUGGAGGCUGGUUGAUGAAACUAUUGCUGAGGAUUGUAGUGACGAAGAGAAGGAUUUGGAGUACCGGAAAUCUGUUGAUUGUAAAGUGUUUUUGGGUUUCACUUCUAAUCUUAUUUCUUCUGGUGUUAGAGAUGUUGUAAAAUACCUUUGUCAGCAUCACAUGGUUCAUGUAGUUGUUACAACUACAGGUGGUAUUGAAGAAGAUCUUAUAAAGUGCCUUGCACCAACAUAUAAAGGAGACUUCUCUUUGCCUGGAGCUUAUCUUCGUUCAAAAGGAUUGAAUCGAAUUGGUAAUUUAUUGGUCCCUAAUGACAAUUAUUGCAAAUUCGAGGACUGGAUUAUUCCUAUUUUUGAUCAAAUGUUGAAGGAACAAAAUGAUGAGAAUGUGCUGUGGACACCAUCCAAGUUAAUAGCUCGAUUGGGAAAAGAAAUUAAUAAUGAAAGCUCCUACCUUUACUGGGCAUACAAGAACAAUAUUCCGGUUUAUUGUCCAGGAUUAACCGAUGGCUCAUUGGGUGACAUGCUGUACUUCCAUUCCUUCCACAACCCUGGUCUGAUUGUGGACAUAGUACAAGAUAUAAGGGCCAUGAAUGGUGAAGCCGUUCAUGCAAAUCCUAGGAAGACAGGCAUGAUUAUUUUAGGAGGCGGCCUUCCAAAGCAUCACAUUUGCAAUGCCAAUAUGAUGCGCAAUGGUGCUGACUAUGCGGUUUUUAUUAACACUGCACAAGAAUUUGACGGAAGUGACUCUGGAGCUCGUCCAGAUGAGGCUGUUUCAUGGGGGAAAAUACGAGGAUCUGCUAAAACCGUUAAGGUACAUUGUGAUGCAACUAUAGCAUUCCCUCUGCUGGUUGCUGAAACAUUUGCUUCGAGAACAAAACCUCAACAUUGAUGAAGGAUUACUACUAUAAAAGAGAAACAAAGAGAGAGAAUUGGAGAAGAUCCAAUACUGUGUUUGAGAAUCUUGAUAUACCGUUUUGCCACCGGUAUUUAACUUGAUCGAAUUGUUAGUCUUAAGGUCCACUUAGCAGGCAUUUUUAGCAUUGAGAGAGUCAUGAAUUGUAGAUGUACAAAUGUGUAAUGAUAGUUAAAUUUUUAUGAAGCUGUGUUUUAUUUUAUUUUCGAGGUGUUGAAAAUUGUAAUAUCUGGAGCAUAGGUCUACUUGGCAAUCCAAUUUCUGUGCAACUUUGAUGUAUAAGAAAAUCAGAGACAUUGCAAGUUCA